AUGCAGAGGGGGGAAUGCUUUAGCCAAAGAUCCCCUCAGAGGAAUCAGGGGAGACUCUCCAAAUGCUCCGAGUGUGGGAAAUCCUUUGCUCACCGGUCCCUCUUUUUGAUCCACCGGAAGCUGCACACGGGGGAUGGAUCCCAUCUGUGUUUUCUUUGUGGGAACUCCUUUCCUGGAACGUGGAGCUUUGCCAAACAUCUCAGGAGCCACCCUGGACUGAGGCCUUACAAAUGUGGAGAGUGCGGGAUGCGUUUUGCUAAAGGCUCGGACCUUGGAGCCCAUCAGUGGAUCCACCAGGGAAAGAGAUCUCAGGAAUCCUGGAAGCGCUGGGGAAGAUUUCCCAGCAGAUGGUGUCUUUCUAGGCCUCGGAAGAGCCCAACUAAAGAGAAGCCCUGCAAGUGUAUGCAAUGUGGGCAGCGCUUUCCUCACAAACCAGAGCUGCUUAAACAUCAACAAAUCCACACCGGAGAGAAACCUUAUCAAUGUGUGGAGUGUGGGGAAUCUUUCCGUUAUAAACAUUUUUUAAAAAAACAUGAGAAAAUUCACACAGGACAGAAUCCUUAUAAAUGCUUUGUGUGUGGAAAAUGUUUUACUCGCAGUUCAUCUCUUUGCAGACAUAAAAAAAUACAUACAAAGGAGGAAAGCAGACCGUGCCUAGAAUGUGGGAAAUGUUUCUCCAGCAAGUCACACUUGCUACAACAUCAGAGAAUUCACACUGGGGAAAGACCCCAUCAAUGCCCAGAAUGCGAUAAGCGAUAUCUGACUGCUUUCGAACUUCGGAGACACCAAAGGAGGCACACGGGAGAAAAACUCUAUAAAUGUGAGGUUUGUGGGAAAAGCUUUUUUGAAAAGUCAGCUCUUUUUCAACAUCAGACAAUCCACACAGGAGAGAAGCCCUAUCAGUGCAUCGAGUGUGGAAAAUUUUUUCGUUUGAUAUCAAGCCUCAGACUUCAUGAGAAUGUUCACAGAGGAGAAAAAAAAUUCAGAUGUUUAGACUGUGGGAGAGAAUUUGCUCAUUCAUUCCAAUUUAGACGUCACUGCCAAAUACAUACAGGAGAGAAACUCUAUAAAUGCUCGGAGUGUGAGAAAUCUUUUCGUUGGAAACAAUAUCUUACAGAACACCAGUGGAUUCACACAGGAGAGAAGCCAUACAAGUGUGUGCAGUGUGGAAAGAGCUUUACUCGCAACACCCAGCUUUCGAUCCAUGUAAAGCUUCACACAGGCAUAAAACACAAAGUGCAAAAAAAGGAAAAGUGUCCAGAAUGUGGGAGAUGUUUUUCCAGAAAGGCACACCUCAUUCGACAUCAGAGGCUUCACACCGGAGACAGACCCUAUCAAUGCCCAGAAUGUGAGAAACGGUUUGUGGAGUCUGCUCAACUCCUGAGACACCAGAGGGGGCACACAGGGGAGAAGCCCUAUAAAUGUGGGGAGUGUGCGAAGUGUUUUCUCACAGCAACACUGCUUCGGGUUCACGAGAGAACCCACACGGGGGAGAAGCC